CAGGCGAGGACUCAAAGAGCGAUGGCUGCAUCGCGCGCUCGUGACUCCCCCUAGUGCUCGCGUGGGGGCUGCUCAGGGGCGCUCCUAUGAUGACCAGUGGUCGAUCUAUUCCAUAUCUGGCCGCCGGUGCCUCGGGCAGCGUGGGGCUACCCUUCGGUGGUUGGUGUGUCAUGGUCGGCAGGGAUGGCGGUAGCUUGACCAGAUCGGUCGGCGGCGGUGCGGCCAGAUCUGCGCCUAGGUGUGGGCCAUGGUGCUUGGACUGCGGUCGACGCGGUGGCGGGUGCGACACGUCGGCAGCUGGGCGGAUUCGCAUGGAUUCUAGCCUUGUUGGGUCUAUUACAGUGCGGGCAACUCCGAGGGAAACCUUAGAUCUCCUUGAGAUCGAGCGAUGGUGGUGCUUUUGCGUUGCAGCCCCUCUUCAGGACGUCGUUUUGGAAUUUGCUCCGGUUGAAGGGACCAAUGAUGCCGACGGCGCACGCGCGGUGGCGCAAAUGCCGAUGAAAAUCACGCCGACUAUGGUCAUGGUGGACGAUGGUGACGUCUUUGAUGUCGCUCGCUUGUCGAGGCAUCGUUGUUGAUUUUGCGUCAUCAGGCUCGGGAUGCUUUGGGGGAAAACCCUAGAUCUGGGUCUUCCGGAUCAAAUGAUGAUGGCGUUCGUAGUAUCGUUUUUUUCCUCUUGGGGGC